AUGCCCUUGAGACGCACCAUGCCCUUUCUCUGCAGCUUUCUCCUGCUGCUUCAGCUCAGCAUCUCUCUGGGGCGUUGCAGUGACAUUUCCUUCUCCAUGUGCUGGUUUAGUAAGGAUCAUGAGUUGGGAAGUCCCAGGUGUCGCCUGUGGUUGAACGAGACGGCGCUGGAGGGAAUAAGGAGUGCAGAUAAGAUGACGUCUCUUACUGUGUACCCAGGAGUGCAGAACACUCUCCGCCUUCAGUGCGGAGGCACAACCCUCUUCUGGGCCGUCAGGCUCAACCAGCACACAAAGUACACAAAGAUCAAAGGCACUGUGAAGCCCACAGUCUAUCCAUCCAACGCAACAAAGAGUUUUCUGCAGUUGAGUCCCUCAGAGGUGUUCGCCUGUGAAAACGCCACCUUGUUUUUCCACCAGGAGCAGGAUUUCUUCUUGGCCAUUGGGUACAGCGUCCGUCUGCCCGUCAAGCUGGAGUCCAGGACAAAGUCCACGCUGCUGCUGUCCUGGGUGCUCCCUGGGCCUGGCUCUGCACCAGCCCAGGAACACUCAGUGGGGCUGUAUGGCUCAGAGCUGGCCUCCUUCUCCCUGCAGCGUCUGGAGAACACCACCGCCUCUCACUACAGGCUCACGGCAUUAGAGUCCUGCUCGGUCUACGUGGUCUGUGUGAAAAUCUCCAGAACCAGCAGUCUGAUCUGUUUGUCUACAAUCACAGACCCGGACCAGCCCAGAGACCUGCGGGUGUCUUCUGUGAACAGCAGCAGUUUGUCUGUGUCCUGGGACUGUCCUCCAAACCAGAGGUACUCGACCUUCCUGCUGACUGUGUACCACCACCGCAGCCCCUCGCCCCUCUCCUCUUUUUCCCUGCCGGAGGAGCAGAGCCUCUGGGUGCGUGAGCCUCUGCAGUGGUCUCAGUCAGACCUGCCUCCCUGCACCCGCCUCAGCUUUGGCGUGCAGACUGUGUGCGUGAGCGGAGCAGAGACUCGUUUCAGCCCUGAGAUCUUGCAUAAGGGAAACUCCGAUCAGUCAAAUAUCUUGAACCUGGCCCAGUCUUCCUAUGGUCCAAACUCUUACUCUGUGAGCUGGAAGGUGAGCAGCUUGUCAUCAGUAUCUCGCUUCAGGGUGUCUCAUGACCGGGAAGUUCGUGGGACCACUAUCGACAACAGCUUCACUGUGGAGGGGCUAGAACCAUGCAGAAGCCAUUCUGUUACAGUGGAGGCAUUGUGUGGAGAGGAGACCAUCAUGGAUAUGCAAACUGUCCAGGCUCACACAGUGCCUCGUGGAGUGUCUGGGCUGCACUUUGACCCGUCUCGCUCCUCUGCUUCCUGGACGCCCGGCUCCUCGCCAGUCUUCUACCCUGUGUCCUUCCACUUUGAGCUGACACAAGCAAAUAGUGGCAUGCUGCUGUGGUCCGGCCGUGUAUUACAGCCUGUCCUGCCCCUGUCGGCGCUGAAGGGGGCGCUGACGUAUCGCCUGUCUGUUUGGGAGCAGUGUGAUGGCCCGGGCCGUUCUCAAAGGGAGACGUUGGAGAUUACGGUGCGUGAUGAGGGCCUUAUAAAGGAGCCUGUGGAGUCCAGUGUGGAGCCCAGAGGAAGAGCAGCUUUCACCAAUCUCAUCCCACCAGCAGAUACCCGUGACUACAUAAUAACGCUGAUUGUGCCUUGGAGUCUUCCACAGCAGCUGCUGAAGGAGAGUUCUGACUCCUGGACCCAGAUGGCACAGAUCCUCAAGCACAGGAUGGAGGAACUGCUGCUGGGCAUGACUCCUGAGACGCAAGUUGAGUUGCUGGAUGUGAAACCAGCACAGCAGUCAGAGCACACAGAGUUUGUAUUUUGGACUUUAAAGAAACAAGAGAAUGAAAGCGACGCAAAUGAUGUGGAGCCACUCUGGGUCCAGCCAGUGCUGCCCUUCCUCCACAACCUGAAGUUCAACAAUGCCACCAUCAAUGACGGAGUCAUUCACUGGCCUGGUCCAGACCUGUGUUCCUCCAGCCCAUGCCUACAGAACUCUGUCUGCUUGAACACCCUGGGCUCCUUCAUCUGCCUUUGCACAGACGGAUACUACGAUGUCCGGCCCUUUGUGAAAGAGUCUGAGCAGCCAGUCUGCAACGAUAAAGGCAUGUUCAGUCACUGUCUGAACCAACUUCUGAUGGGCGGAGUCUCUAAGCGCUACUUAAGCUCUCGUCUUCGGGGGACGCUGAAGGUGUCUCUGAACCAGGGCCAAUGUGCAGUGAACGAGACCAAGGACUUUUACCACUUCAGGAGUCCUCGAGACCAGGAUCAGUGCGGCACCAAGAGACUGGUGAAUGAGAGCCACAUCUCGCUGCAGAACGUCCUGACUGUGACCGUGGCAGGAGGUAGGGGGUCAGGCCUGCGCAUGAUCUGGAAGUGUGUGUAUUCAAGGCACUACCUGCGCACAGCUCUAGUGGGAGCCGACCUCCACUGGCUUUCGUCCCUCUCAGUCCUGGCCUACAACUCGUCAGUGCAGCUGGCUCUGUCCAUGAGUCUGUUUGGGGACAGUUCCUUCUCCUCCAGUUUCACGGAUGCUGUGAUGUUGAAUCCAGGCGACACACUGUACUUUGAAGUUUCUCUGCAAACCAUAAAUGCCUUCACCCACGAUGCACAAAUCCAGGUAGAGUCAUGUUGGGCCACAGAGAGCACUGACCCUGAGGACGAGGUCAGAGGGGUCUUCCUUCGGGAUGGGUGUGUGGUGGAUGACACUUUCUCAUGGUGGUCUGUGAACGGAGCGUCUGAGAGCAGUCGCUUCUCCAUCCAGAUGUUCCACCUGCCGCAGAGUCUGCCGCUGUACUUCCACUGUAGAGCUGCAGUGUGCGCGGCUCCUCGCAACUGCACCAUGGUUUGCAGCGGUGACCGGAGGCUGAAAAGGUCUGUGACUGAAGCCCACACACAGGAUGCACCGGCUGCAGUAGUGUCGGUGGGCCCCUUGGUAGUGGACAAAGCUUCCAGAGACGCACCCUCUCACUGGGAGGAGCGUGUUGUCAUGGUCACUAUUGUGGCUGGAGCUGUUGGGAUGUUGCUGCUGACCUUUCUGUUGGUGUCGGCCAUUAAAGCUGUGACGAGUUACUACGAGAAACUACAACACAAAUAA